AUGGCUGUUGUACAAUAUUUAAGAGGUUUAGAUUUAUCUGGCAUUAAUUUUGAAAAGCAUAAAGAUCUUUUAGAGAAACAAAGAUUAGCUCGACGUCAUCCUAAUGAUGCUAAAGAUGACAAUCUAUCUGCUAGUCUGCCUUCAAUAUGGCCAUCAACUGAAAUACUACAAGAUAUGUGCCGUUUACAAUGGCUGAAGUUAAAAAAUGUUGGCUUAAAAGAGAAAUUUCUACCGAAAGAAAUAACUCGUUUAGACCAGUUGGAGAGUUUAUCAUUGGCACGAAAUGAAUUGACAUCAUUAUGUUCUAUUAAAGGUUGGCCAAGUGUUUUGCCAAGUUUACGAAUGAUAACAUGUCGUAAAAAUGAACUAACUAGUCGAGAUGCAAUUCCCCCUGAUUUAUUCGAGUGUAAUAAUCUUCAAGUUGUUGAUUUCAGUUGUAAUCACUUGACCCAGUUACCUAAAGGGAUUGAAAAAGCUAAAGGCUUAUUAGUAUUGAAUUUAAACAAUAAUCAAAUCUCAUUGAUUUCACCUGAUUUAUUCGUCCAGUGUACAGAGUUAAUGUUUUUAGAUUUAGGUAAUAAUCGAUUAGAAAGUUUACCAGCUCAACUUCGUCGAUGUUGUUCACUACAACAACUUAUUCUAUGCAAUAAUCCAUUGCGUCAUGCUCAGCUUAGAUCGGUGACAGCACUAAAACAACUUGAGGUGUUAAAUUUAUCAGCUACUGAACGAAGAGUGGAUAAUAUCCCAAAUGAAUUAGACAGACUGGAACAUUUAAUUGAAUUAGACUUAUCUUGCAAUCAAUUGACAAAGAUUCCAGAACCGGUUUUAUUGCUUCGAAGUUUACGUAAACUGCAUUUAGCACAUAAUGAAUUGUCGGAUUUAUCCAAUUUAACAGGAGAUUGGCCUAGGCUUGAAUACUUAAAUCUCAGUUAUAAUCAAUUAACUCAUCUCCCCACUGGAUUGAUACGUCUGUCUUGUUUACGAAAAUUAUAUGUGAAUAAUAAUCAUUUAACAUUUGGUGGUAUUCCAUCAGGAAUAGGUAAAUUACAAGAUUUAGAAAUAUUUGAUGCAUCACACAAUGAAUUAGAAACUAUACCAGAAAGUCUAUGUAGAUGUGGUCGUUUAAAACGCUUAAUACUCAAUUCGAAUCGUCUGCUCACUCUUCCUGAUGCUAUACAUUAUUUAAAAGAAUCUUUGGAUGUUUUUGAAGUUGAUAAUAAUCCUCGUUUAAAAAUUCCGCCUAAACCACCUGAAUUGCAAAAAGGUGCUGGUUUAGCCUUUUAUAAUAUUGAUUUUUCUUUGGAUGCUCAAUUGCGUAUGAUGCGUGGAAAACCAGCACUAACUACAGAAACAAUUCAUCAUGCAAAGGAUCCAGCAGCUCGAUUACGUCGUCUCAGAAGACGCCGAGGUGAAGGAGUUGGCAAAGACAGCAAGUGUGUCCUCGAAGGUAUGCAACGUAUAGCCAAAGAGAAAGAAGAACUUCUUGAACAGAAGGAGCAUGAAGCUGAAGAAGAGACACGUAAAUUAGCAGCUAGACGUUGGCAAGAUCUUUUGGCUAGACCACGAUUGGAUUAUACAGGAAUAUUUGACGAGGAUACAGGUAUAAGCCCAGGUGUACAAAUCUGGGAAUUGGAUCAGUUUUAUCCAAAGCGUGUUGAAGAUGAAGUAUUACAAGGCCAUUUGUUUAAUGGAGAUUGUUAUGUUGUUCUACAAACUGAGUUGAAUAAUAAAAAUCAAGUAUUAGAAUGGACUAUAUACUACUGGAUUGGAUCUCGUUCAACCAAGGAUAAACAGACAUGCGCGGCUAUUCAUGCUGUAAAUCUACGUAAUUUCCUCGGUGCUGAAGGUCGAACUAGGCGUGAAGAAGAAGGCGACGAGAGUUCAGAGUUUCUGGCGUUAUUUGGCGGUAGUCUCGUUGUAAUAGAUGGUGCUCGUGGUGAAACUGGAUUUAUUCAUGUUGAAGAUGAUGUUGUAGUUCCUAGAUUUUACAGAUUAUUUGGAACAGAGAAACGAUUGAAAAUUGUUUCAAUGCCCCUAAAUCAUCUUAGUCUGGAUUCCAAGUACAGUUACCUGCUUGAUGCUCAAUCUCAUCUAUAUUUAUGGAUUGGUAGAAAUUCUCGCUCUAUUAUACAAACGAAAGGCCGAUUGCUAGCUGAAAAAAUAUCUGUUCGUGAACGUCGUGGGGAAGCAGCAAUUCAUAUUGAACCUGAAACUCGUGAGUCCAACGCUUUUUGGGCUAUUAUCACCGGUGUCUGGGUUCCUGCUCCACUCCCAAAACCAAGUACCAGUUCUGAUCAAAAAGAUCAAUCUAUAAAGACUACAAAUAAUCAAGAAACUCUUCCGGAAGUCAGUUAUCCACCAGCUCCUGUCGUUCAGCCGCCAAAGGCAGGACCACGUGACUUUAUUCCUGUCGACUGGCAAUUACCUCAUCCAAUUUUAUAUGAUGUUCAAAUGGGUAGAGGUUAUUUAGAGUUGCCUCAGGUGGAACUUGAAAAUGGUCAACUAUCGAAACGUUUAUUAGACUCGAAACAUGUGUACAUUUUAGACAGUGGAGGUCAAUUAUUCUUAUGGAUGGGUGAAAAAUCUUCAAAAUUUCUUCGAUUCGCCGGUUAUAAAUUAGCCUUACAACUAAUGGGUUUAAUGCCUCGGAAUCGUUUAGGUGGACUUGAAUUAUUAUUUAAUGAUCCCAGUGCGACUGCAUUAUGUCAAGCAUUAUUAAGCCAAGAUCAAGUGGAAUGGUGGAAUGAUUUUACAGAUUCAUUAUUACAACCAUGUACUCAAGGAGCUGAAACUCAGAUUUUCAAGUGUCAAUUCUGUGAUUGGGAUGAAGCAUUGGCUGUGGAUUUCACUCGUACAGCUGAUUCUGUAGCUCGUCGUGGAGUUGAUAUUAAUGAAAUCUUAGAAAAAGAUAAACUCACUACUGAUCUUCGAGCAUUACUCGCUCCAAGAGAAACCCCAUUAACUAAUGAAGAAGCCUUACAAAUGAUGGUUGAAUGGAAUGAUGAAUUAAUUGAACCACCGGAAGAAUCUGUUGUACAACCGAGUAGUGCUUUACAACAAUUUAUUAUGGUCGAUGGUAAAUGGGUUCCUGUUGAAAAUCGUUGGUUUGGACAAUUUUUCAACGGUGACUCAUACAUUAUAAUUGCUCGUUAUUGGGAUUAUGAUGAUGAAAGUAAAGGAAGUGACAGUGAAAAUCAAGGCGAUGGUGCUGAUGAAGAUUCAAACCUGACAAAAACUGUUGUCUAUUUUUGGCAAGGUCGUGAAGCAUCUGAUUUAAAUUGGCUUCAAUUUGAAUUUUCAGUACGUAAAGAUAUGCAAGCACGUUUAUCACAAAAUCCUGAAGAUGUUAGUCGUCCAUUGAAAGUUGUAUUUAAGCGUGUUAGACAACAACAAGAAGACACAAUGUUUUUAGCUCAUUUUCAACGUCAGAUGGUUAUACAUUCUGGGCAUUAUCGUGAUCGUGCAGAUACCUCUCGUUUGGAAAGAAUUCAAAUGUACUAUCUAAGAGCUAAUGGUAAUCUGAUAUCAACUCGGUGUAUAGAAGUUAAACCAUCCGUUGUAAACUUAAACUCUUGUUUCACUUACAUUAUAAAAGUUCCUGCACAUAUUGUUAGCGCAUUGCAAAAAAAGCAAACGGAUAAAUCUCAUGUUUACAUUUGGAUUGGGAGUAAAUCGUCGCCGGAAGACAAGGAAUUGAUUGAUCGUUUAAGCAAGAAAAUCUUCGAUUGGAUACCAACUGAUUUUCAUAUUGUCCCUGAAGGCUCUGAACCACCUCUACUUUGGCAAGUAUUAGGUGGUCAAAAGAAGUAUGAUACAUCUGCCGAGUAUCUUACGUAUGGUCGAUUAUUCCGUCUAUCAAAUGAACAAGGAUAUUUUUGUGCCUCAGAAAAAUGUGCAGAUUUCUGUCAAGAUGAUUUAGCCUCAGAUGAUGUUAUGCUGUUGGAUACUGGAUCACAAAUCUAUCUAUGGUGGAGUAAACGUACAUCAGAUGUAGAACAAAAACUGUCUUUACAAGCUGCUAAACUUUAUCAAAGUCAUCUGCGUCAAAUGCAACCUGAUCGACCAAGACAAUUAAAAUUGACAGUAAAGAAUGCAGAACCACACUUAUUUAGACAAUGUUUUCAUGGUUGGGGACCUUUCCGUGAACCAAAAGAUUGGUCAGGUUAA